AUGUACAAAACUCAUUUAAUCAGGGACAGUGAUACAAACACCGCCAACACGCGUUACCUGUUGGAAUAUCAUGGGUCAAACAUGGAGCCGCCACGGAAGGGUCCUUGCUACGACCUCGCCACAACUGCAUUGGCACAGUAUUGCCUAAUAGACCAGGUUUGCAUGACCCCUUCUGUAAUGGGUUUAAAUGGAAUUUUGCCUGUCAAUGUGAAUGCGGCAAAGUCCCGCUCUUGGACAGAACAAAUGGUUCAAGGUUUCAAGGGUUGGGACGAACUAUGA